AAUAAUGUUUUUCAUCAAGUGUUUGAACCAGGGGUCCCCAAACUAUGGAUCCGGCCCACCAGCAUCCAAAAUCCGGCCCGUGAACUACGCCUACCAGUGAAGAUGCCUGACUUUUGUGCAGCCUACGGAUGCUCUAAUCGCCGUAGUCUCAAAACGAGAACCCGUGGGAUCACCUUUCACCGGUUUCCCAAAACCGGAGAGAGGAAGAGGCAGUGGGAACUUGCCCUAAGAAGGGAUGGUUUUGUUGCCUCUGGCAGGACAGUGCUCUGCAGUGAGCACUUUAGGAGUGAGGAUUUUGACAGGACGGGGCAGACUGUCCGGCUUAAAGAUGGUGUUGUGCCAACAAUUUUCAACUUUCCAGCUCAUCUUCAAAGGCCGAUAGCAACAAGAAGCACAACCACUGCUAGAAGAGCGGAAGACAACCUGCCAAUGGACUUGUCUCAGGAUGAACCUCAGCCUGAUGUUCAACAGGGAGCCACUGGAGAGAGGCGAAAGAGCCGCAAGCGGAUGUGUUUUUGCUCGGGGAGCACAUCGGCGACACACAGUAUGGCAUUGACAGUCACCACCAUACGCUGGUAACAUUAGUUGUGUCCCUGUUUUUCAAGCUAAGGCUGCACCACAUUGCAAAAAUCAAUACUCUGAGCUUACAGAGUGGCAACAUGAGACAGAAGCUCACCAAAGCAGUCCUUUUCAAAGGGCAUUAGCUCCAACUGUGUGUGCACCGUGUGUCUUAUUGGUUUUGUGUUGUACUGUAUUGUAUUGUGUGCAGCUGGUCCUUGUCUCCAAGACAAAAUAAAAUAACCUUGAACCUUGAAGCCCCAUCUCUCCCCACCUGCCCCUGCUUCCUACAUCCCCUCCACACCAC